UUCCAUUUCGUCCACAGCACCAUUGAUAGGUGCGUCCAAUCCGCCCAUUUGCUGCGUCGGCAACCGAUGCCCAGCCAAACAGGACACCACAACCUCCAAUGCAUCCUGUCUUCUUGGAGAUUGCCGUCGUUGACCAUCUCGACGUAUCCCCUGGUUCGCGCUAUCUUGGCCCAUCAGCCCAAUCCCGGAGCAGGUGGCAGGCCAAGACCAAGCUUGUCUUGCAGAACUUGAGCACUGUUUUGGAAACCUUGGAGCAACACCACCAGCUUUGUCUGGAACAUGCUCAGUCGUAUCGACACAUCGGCCAGGAGCUGCGCCUUUUCAAGGAGACCGCCCAGGUGGCCAUCGAUAGAUUAGUUCUCGCCGACGUCAUGUUCGAAUGCUCCAGGAGGAUCCGUAUGAUAUCUAUCCAGGCCGAUUGCUCGCACCUUCCCGAUUGGCCGUCAACCCUUGCCGAAAUACGGCACUGCCAGGAAUCGGGCACCCACUACUCUGGAUCGAGUCGGGCUGAAACGCAUGUCACCAGCACGUCCGGCGAAAUGGAGGCAGUUCCUGGCUGUCCCCUUGACGACGCUGCAUCGCUUGAAUCACACUCUCAGAUUCGACUUGGAAUCUUGUCGCUUUCUCCUGCGGAACAACUUCCAAACCGCUCCCGACCCGUAGUCUCGGCCCAGCAAGGCUCGAAACGCAAACGCGCCGAUCUUUCCGAGACCAGCAUCACAACCCCAACGAUGUCGAGGUCAAAAGCCAAACGAACUCGGCAGCAGUCUGAGCAUCCGGGCAUUCCUGUUGGUGCCAACAACAAUUCCAAUGCCAGCCCAGACUCAGCGAAACCGAGAGGGCAACCGUCCGUGCUUAGAUCCAAGCGUACCACUCAAGCCAUGGGCUCGGCAUCCUCACGAGCGAUAGUCAAUGCUGGAGCGGCGACAGCGAAGCAAAUUGAUUCGGUGCAGACCGGUGCGACUGCAAAAUUACACCAACAAUCACAUCGGCGUUGCCGACCAGAGAUGCAUCUGGAUCAACGGGAUCCACAGCCGUUGGACUGCCCUGAUCGUCCGCAACGCAAACCUCAGGAUAGCCACCAGAGCGACCUUUCUAAGCAGGACGCAAGCAAACCGCCUCCCCGUACUGAACAGGCCGCUACCUCGGGCGAAUCGUCUCGCGAUGAGGUCUCAGAGGAGCUCGUCGACUCCAGACACUUUAACCGUGGCCUCACCGAGCACUAUUCAGCAAACUCAACUCCAGACCCGCCGGAGGAGCGUGACUAUGCACCUCCCAGGAUCCAGCUUGAUGGGCGACCGUCCGUUGACCGUCCCGAUGGCUUCGUGAUAUUCCAGCCUACUGCGUUCUUAGAUCGGCCUGCCCAUUCGCCAAGGGAUCUUCACCGCCAUGGCUCCUACUCGACCGCAAGAAACAGCACAGGAGUCAACAGACAUACUCUCGGCAACUCGUCCCCCGAAAGUAUGCGACUCAAUCCCCGCGCCGCCACAGAUGCGGACCCAAAUGCAUAUGGCCAUGGGCUUCGGAGCGAACGUAUCGACCCAGCGGGGGAAUCGUCGAGCCAAGACCGCAUGGCUCUCAGCGGUGUUGUACUGCGCGGCACAGCCCCGACGAGCCCGAGCGGCUCUGAGAGCAAGCAUGGAUCCUCGGGCGAUGGCAUCACCCCCAGCGAGAUUCAGUCCGAGACCCACUCGCUCUGGUGCACGGGCGAGUCGCUCCGGGACGUUCACACCCACGACGUUACCACCAUCACCGACUCUAUGGUUCAUAUCGCCUCGCUGGAGCGCCGAAGACGUAGCCGCCAUAACUGGCGAAGCAGUCCCGGCGAUGCCGACUUUUCUCUCAACAAUACCCAGCUGUCCUGAGGGCUUCUUCAGGACUCACCUGUCGCUCUAUCUGUAGAUUUUCCCCUCGCUCCCUCGCUUUCUCGCGCACGCCC